AUGCCCUCCGAGAAGAAGGGCUCGUACCUGACGCUGAAGCGGAUGCGCAACUCGUCGCAGACCCCCGGCGAGCCGUUGCCCGACUACCCGUCAGCGAAAUGCCCGGAGGGAUGCCCGCCGCCGGUCCGCGGCACCGUCACCCUCAAGGAGCGCAACAAGCGCUGGCGCCGCACGCGCAGGUUCUACGCCGAGCUGGCCCGCGGCCACCUGAAGCUGUGGAAAAACAAGAAGGAGAAGGAGGACAAGGACGCCGGGCUCACGUCGGCAUGGUCGACAAAGAUUGAUAUCGGCGCCGUGACGGUGGUGCCCGAGAAGAAGCAGCAACGCUUUGCCCUCCAAUUCCCCAAGAAUACACAGAUCCUGGCCCCGGUGGACGCGUCGACGUACGACGUGUGGCUGGAAGGACUGCGCCACCAUCGCCUCUACAAACAGGCCGGAGGAGGAGGAGCGGCUGAAGGUACCAGCGGAGCCACCUCGCCGCCGCAGGACGCCUCCGGCGAGCUCGACGAGAAUGACAACCCCGUAGCCGCCCACUCCCCGGAUGACGGCUCGGCCCCUGCCAACGAGGAGAAGAAGAUGUGCGAGGGGCUCGAGGCGACCGCCAAGGUGAUGGACGACGCGAAGGAGCUGUUCGCCAUGUCGUUGGAAGUGGCGUCGAGUCUCGUCGGGACCGCCGAACAGCUCAACAAGUUGCAGCGGCAGAUGAAGGGCACCCUCGUCGAGAUGAAGCGCGAGGUGAUGGCGAUCAAGGCGGGAGGGCGAGGGCUGCAGCUGACGCCCGAGUCGUCGAUGCACACCGCUCGAUUCAAAUCGGCCGAGGAGCUCGAGGCGUUCGAGGACGCGAAGGAGAAGCAGAGCGCCGUCGCCCUGGAGCAGGAGAAGAACGAUCUGCUCGAGCGCUCGCGCAAAGUGUUGGAGGAGACGCAGCGCGUGGCCGAGCCCCCGUCCGAUCAGAUGAGCCAGACGUCCGGGGCCGUCGAGGAGGCCGUCACCGCCCCCAUGCAGCCGGUCGUUUUCUGCGCGCCGCGGCCGCGUCGCACCUGCCUGCCCGCGAAGAUGAUGGCCGCCGAGGGGCUCGGGAUGGGCGGGCUGGCCAGGAUGGCCCUCAGCAGGGCCGGCCUCCCCGUCUCCUUCUUCGAGCCGCUGUCGGCCAUCCAGUUCCUAUGCGAGGAGCUGCGCUACAAUCAGCUGCUGGCCCAGGCCGUCUCCGCCCGGGAUCCCGUCGAUAGGAUGGCGUUGGUGGCGGCGUUUGCCGUCUCGGGCUACUCGAACACGAAGGGACGCUCCCGGAAACCGCUGAACCCCAUCCUCGGCGAGUCGUUCGACUACGUCGAGCCGACGUGGCGCUUCCAUGGGGAACAGGUCUCCCACCAUCCCCCGAUCACGGCUGGCUUUGCCGAGGGCACGGGCUGGGUGUGGUGGCAGACGAUGGACCCGGUCACCACCACCUCCAAGCUGUCCGGAACCAUCGAGCUGACCCAAAGCCUGCCGAUCCGCCUGAAACUGGCGACCGCCGACGGGAUGGAGCAGUACGCCAUCGAAAAGGUGCACACCACCAUCGAGAAGCCAACGGACCCCGAGAAGAGGAAGCUUCGCGGCGACAUCUUCAAGGGCGAGGUGGUGGCCUGUCGGCUGGCCGGCCACUGGGACAAGCAGUUGACCAAGGUCGCCACCACCGGUGCGCAGUCGUCCCUCUUCCAGGCGGCCGACGAGGAGUUCGGCGAGUACUAUGGCUUCAACUCGUUCACGAUGACGCUGAACGAGCCGGUGACGCCGGCCGACUCGGCCCCGCCUACCGACUCCCGGCUGCGCCCCGACCAGCGGGCCCUCGAGAACGGCAAUCCCGGGCAGGCGGCCAAGCUGAAGAAGAAGCUCGAGGAGGCGCAGCGCGUCCGCGGCAAGUCGCACGCCUUCACGCCGCUGUGGUUCGACAACAUGGGCGACGAGAUGACGCAGAAGAGCAUCUACAUGCCCAAUAUGAAGUACUGGACCGAGAAGGAGCGCCACUUUGCCGGCGUCCACUUUCCCGACAUUUUCACCGUC